AUGUCUUCUAUUGGUCUAGACCCGGCAGUCAUGGAGAAUUAUACCAAUGAAGAUCAUUACAAUAACUGGCCCAAUGACAAGGGUUUCGAUCCUGAAUACGAACAACCCAAGCCCGUCGAGCUAUCUAUGACUGGACAAAUUCCUGCAUACGCCGCUGGAAUUUUAUACCGCACAGGUCCAGGGAAAAGCCAACUUGAAGCAGAAAACGGAGAAACACUGCGGCUCUCCCACUGGUUCGAUGGAUUCGGUCAAACCCAUCGUUUCCAGAUAUUUGCUCCAGAUGAUUCUCAUACUUCAUCUCGGGUCUUCUACAACUCUCGCUUCUCAACCGAUGACCUGAUCGAGGAAGCAAGAAAGGCGGGAUCUCUAGACGCGGUCAGUUUCGGACAGAAACGCGAUCCUUGCAAGAGCGUCCUGGGCAAAGUCCAGAGUGAAUUUAUCCCACAACCCACUCCGUCGAGUAGGAAUAUAUCCGUCACCCUUUCGAUCAACGUUCCGGGCCUUGAUUCUCACCCUGAUGAGUCGACUUCUCGCUGGAGCAAUUCCGAAGGAAUUAGAACUCUCUACGCGAAGACCGACUAUAAUGCCUUCAAGAAGCUUGAUCCGGAAACCCUGGAGCCUAUCGGCCUGGCCUCGCAGACUAUCUUGCACCCUGAACUCUCGGGGCAAAUCUCUGCAUCUCACGCACGCUCAGACCCUAUCACGGGAGACAUGUUCAACUUCAAUCUUACCCUAGGACCAACAUGUACAUACCGUGUCUUCAGGGUCUCGGCUUCAACGGGGGAAACUACAAUUCUAGCAACCUUCCCGGCAACCCCAGCAUAUCUUCACUCCCUUCUCAUCACUGAAGACCAUGUUGUUCUUUGUGUGUGGAACGCACACAUAAAUCCACAGCUGUUGAACUCCUCGUUCAUCGAGUCAAUCUUGCCAACGGACCCAACUCAGCCGGCAGUGUGGUAUGUCAUUGACCGUAAGCAUGGUAAGGGAUUGAUCGCGACAUACGAAAGCCCUGCAUUCUUUUGCUUCCACACUAUCAACGCAUGGCUCGAACCAUCAAAGGAGAAUCCCGCAGAGAUGGAUAUUGUGGCAGAUGUUGUGAGAGCCAGCAGCUCUGGCUUUUUGCAAUCUCUCUAUUACGAGAACUUGAUUUCUUCGUUGGAUACAGCCAAGGAAUUUCAAAAGAAGAGAGACGAUUCUUUGCGUACAUCUUUUACCCGUUUCCGUCUCCCUGCAGUGCCUUCUACUCCAUGCACCGACGCUAGGCAAGCAACAGUCGAGUGGUCCGUUUGCAAAUCUUUGUCGCCUGAGCUUCCGACUAUGAAUCCAAAAAUAGUCACUCAGAAGCAUCGAUACGUUUACGCUACGACCUUCCGUGGAGAGGCUACCCUGACAGAUGGUAUUGUGAAGCUCGAUUGUGAUACCCAGCAAGUUCAGCUCUGGGCAUGCCAUGGCCAAUCGCCUGGUGAGCCCAUUUUCGUUGCUAACCCCGAGGGCACUACCGAGGAUGAUGGUGUGCUUCUCAGCGUGGUUCUUGACGGGAUGCGUGGCAAGAGUUAUUUGCUCUGCCUUGAUGCUCGUAGCUUGUCGGAAAUUGGCCGGGCAAAUGUGGAUGGGGCUGUUGGGCUGGGAUUCCAUGGACAGCAUGUUCCGACUGUGGGUGGAAUUCCUACAGGUGACUACUAA